CGAUUGAGCCGAUUGAGCGACGGUCCCUCUGCACCCCCUUUAGUUUUCGAGUAAAAGUGUAAAAGUCGGAAAAGUCAAUUAAUCCGACUGCCACACGUUCAAAAACCAAUUUUGCGAUCAAGAUCAGAAUGAGCGAGUACACGAGCAUCCUCCAGCGCGAGUUUCCCAAAAUCGACCACGAGCUGCUCACCUAUGUCGUGGGCGUUCUCACCGGAAGCGAGGAGGACUUCGACAGUGGUGAUGACAUCUUUGAUGCGGUGGGCGACAUCCUGCAGAGCGUCGACUGCGACAGGUCGGAGGAGAGCGUCCGGGAGCUGUGCGAGCAGUUCCUCAACAUCAUGAAAAACAACGGGGUCAACGUGGAGCGCAAGGUGCUGAAUGCGCCGGUCAACAUCGAGGAAAUGGCCAAGAACAUGGAGCGACUCGACAAGGACAUGCAGAGCAUCUGGGUGGUGAACAAGGACGGCGCCAAUAAAGUAGACUCGAAGAAGCUGGGGAAGGCGGAGGCCAAGCUGCAGCAGAAACAGGAGAAGCGGCAGGAGGUGAACAAACAUGGGAUGAUUCCCGUGGCGGUAAAACUGCAGACGGCCACAGCCUCCCAGGUGACCAACAAAAAGAACACCAAGCUGGACCAGAAGGGCCUCAACCGCUCCAUGGACAUCAAAAUCGAAAACUUUGACCUGGCCUUUGGCGAAAAAGUUCUCCUGCAGAACGCGAAUCUGUUGCUCUCUUUUGGUCGCCGUUACGGUCUGGUCGGGCGCAAUGGCCUGGGCAAGACCACUCUUCUGCGGAUGAUUGCCGAACGCCAGCUGCAGAUCCCUUCGCACAUCUCGGUGCUGCACGUGGAGCAGGAGGUUGUGGGCGACGACACACCCGCUGUGGAAAGCGUGCUGGAGUGCGAUACGGAGCGAACGAGGCUACUGACCCGGGAGAAGGAGAUCCUGGCUGCGCUGAACAGCGGCGUACAGGAUGCGACGCUGUCCAACGAGUUGAGCGACACCUAUGCUGCUCUGCAGAACAUCGAGGCGGACAAGGCCGUGGCCCGUGCAUCUGUGAUACUCAAGGGAUUGGGUUUCGAUGCAGACAUGCAGCUGCGUCCGACCAAAUCCUUCUCAGGCGGCUGGCGCAUGCGUCUUGCUUUGGCCAGGGCACUUUUCUCAAAACCCGAUCUGCUGCUGCUCGAUGAGCCGACGAACAUGUUGGACAUCAAAGCCAUUAUCUGGCUGGAGAACUAUCUACAGACAUGGCCCACAACCAUCCUCGUCGUAUCCCACGAUCGCAACUUCCUGGACACAGUGCCGACGGACAUUAUACAUCUACAUUCCCAGGAACUCGAGGCAUACAAGGGAAACUAUGAGCAGUUUGAGAAGACCAAGACGGAAAAACUGAAGUCCCAGAGGCGUGAGUACGAGGCUCAGAUGGCUCACAGAUCGCACGUCCAGGAUUUCAUCGAUCGCUUCCGAUACAACGCAAACCGUGCCUCAUCUGUGCAGUCCAAAAUUAAAAUGCUCGAAAAGCUGCCCGAACUUAAGCCAGUGGAAAAGGAGACAGUGGUUACACUCAAAUUCCCCGAAGUGGAGCCUCUCAAUCCUCCCGUGCUUGCCAUUUCGGAGGUAUCGUUCCGUUACAACCCCGAAGAUCCGCUGCCCAUCUUUAAGGGUGUAAAUCUCUCAGCCACAUCGGACUCGCGAAUAUGCAUUGUCGGAGAAAAUGGAGCGGGAAAAUCGACGCUGCUGAAGAUCAUUGUCGGUCAGCUGAGCACUAUUUACGGAAAUAUUGUCCUGCAUCGUGGCCUUCGAAUUGGAUAUUUCGCCCAGCACCAUGUGGACCACCUGAACAUGAAUGUGACGUGUGUGGGAGUACUGGCCGAACUGUUUCGACGACCGGACGAGGAGUAUAGACGGCAGUUGGGUAGUUUUGGCUUGUCCGGACCGCUGGCACUGCAGAGCAUUGCCAGUUUAUCUGGAGGACAGAAAUCCCGCGUGGCCUUAGCGAAGAUGUGCAUGGCGGAACCCAAUUUCUUGGUACUUGAUGAGCCGACAAAUCACUUGGAUAUUGAAACUAUUGAUGCUUUAGGCCGGGCCAUUAACGCCUUUAAGGGCGGCGUCAUCUUGGUUUCCCACGACGAACGCCUCAUCAAGGUCGUCUGUAAGGAACUCUGGGUGUGUGGCAAUCGCACAGUCAGAGCAAUCGAAGGUGGUCUCGACGAGUAUAAGCGGGAGGUUUACAAGGAAAUCGAAGCUAAUAGUUGAAUUUAAUGUAAUUAAAAUUACUCUAUUUGUGAAACAGCCUAGCAAUAAAUUUAUAUUAUGUCUAUGACACAAACAGAA